GCCUCGGUAUAUUGCAUUGAAUGGUGGCUGGUCGCCGAUUACCACUACACAACAGACUCAGUUUGCAUGUUUCUCUUUUCGACUAUCAGCACAGACGGUCCUAUCCUAUCAUGGUGGUGAAUGAAAACAUUCAAUAUGCAGCACCAGCACCCAUGCCCAACAUCCCCAAAGCACAGACCAGCUACGAGGAGGAGGUAUACAGCACAUUUCGUUAUAGCGUGGUUCCUACAGAUGUUUAUUGCUUGUUUCGCUUUUUGUUUUCCGUUCGUUUUGGCUGUUGCUUCUGCUGCUGCUGCGUUCAACACCAUUGAAAGAUCCAACCACGCAUUCGAGCAUUCAAAACUCGAAAGUCAUGUAAGUCACUUCUACGGUGUACUUAGCUCUGCAGCGCAGGAACUAAGUAGGAGUUUCAUUCAGUCAUCUGACCAGUCAGUCAGUAAGUCGAUCAUAUCUUGCUCUCCAGUGGAAUUAUUCGGACAAAAACCUGAAUACAAUAAUGUGUAACUAGAUUACUCAUAUCAAUCGCAAAUUGCGAGCUAGUGGGUGUUCUGCACCAAACAAGGUGCGCUGCAGUCUGACCAGUCCACAGUGGACAAAGAAACAACGAGCUUAGCGUAGCGUUCGCCAAACACAAAUUGGCUUACGAUGAGGAAGUAGACCUUCGUCAGUGCAAUCUUCAAGGUUUACUCUUGAGUUGACAGUGUGCAAAUAUACUACAGCCUUUGCGCACAUCCAUAUAUCAUCGUACGCAAGAAAGUGGCGAGUGUAUCAUCUAAUUAGAAUCGGUUCUGGUCGGUGGCCAAUACAGUGACCAGCAGUGGCGAUACGUGUAUAGGAGAGUGUAACAGGUUCGACAGGGAGCGAAGAUGUCGCUUCGUGCAAUACAGAAACGGGACAGGAACAAAUUAUCAUCUUCCCAGCAGAAGCAGCAACACUUUAUCAACAAAAGUCGAAGCUUCGGCGGAGGGCCUACGACGAUCGUCGUCGCUGGCAGUGGCAGUAGUAAUAUCAGUAGUGUUGGUGCUAGCGCUACUGCUAGCCAUCACAAUAAUAGUCAUCACCACCGACAUCAUCACCAGCUUAGUAGCAAAAAUGAAAAGUGGAGAAAUUCAAGCACCGUCAGCAUAUCGUCUUCUGCAACGGCAACACUGACUCCCAAGAAACGCUCUGUUUCCUAUCCGAGUUUACAGAAACGCAGCACCACCCACUCGUCGUCGUCGUCGUUACGGUUCACCAAGUCCGAAAGUGAUCUCUACACCAACGCCCAAUCCCCGGGAGGGAUGGCGUCGAGUGACACAGUGGAUACGAACAAUUUGUACCUGGGUGCCAAAUCCGAGGUUUGCCUGCGGACGUUGGCAGUCAAGAGCACCCAUCAGCCUCCGGCGCCAUUUAGGCAGGCCAGUUUGACCACCAGUGGGACUGCUGGUGGACAACGCCACAGGAUGUACGAAAGUAGCCGGAGGCCAUCGGAGAUCAGCAGUGGCGAUCUGGGCAGGGCCGACAAGUACGCCGAAAUCAGCAACAAUAACAAUGUCGCCGUUCGGAUACCGAUCAUCGGCUAUGAGGUCAUGGAAGAGAGAGCAAGAUUCACUAUAUUCAAGUUACGCAUCGAAAACAGCAUCUCCCACACAUGCUGGCUGGUACUGCGACGCUACACCGACUUUGUGCGACUGAACAACAAACUCCGAACGCUCUUCCCGCACUGUACCCUGGUACUGCCGCGGAAGAAAUGGUUCGGCGACAACUUCAGCAGCGGUUUCAUCGACAACCGGAUACAGGGUUUGCAGACCUUCAUCAACAUCAUCAUGGGCGAUGAGGCCAUGCGAACCUGCCCCGUGGUACGGGAGUUCUUCUGCCUUGAUGAACCACCAUCCUACUCGGAGAGCAUGGAAGAGUCGAGGAUAAUUUUCGAAGCUCAGGAAGAAACCAUAUCUCAUCUGAAGCAACAGCUCCAGACCAAAGAUGAACUGAUUUCAGCCCUCCAGGCGAAACUUGCCAACGAAAUGAGUAGAAAUAAGGUGCUAAGCAAUGUUUUACGGAACAGCUUCGAGAACUGCCCCAAAUGCGCGAAGCAGAUAGGUAAUCAUUUGAAAGAAUCCGCUAUGAAGUAAGAUUGUGCUAGAUAAGAUUCCAUCCUUCCAAUGUAAGGUAUGUGGAGCGCAUGUUACUGCACUCUACUAUAUUUAUAUAUAGUUUUGUUCGUUUUAUAUCUUGAUUGAAAUUUAAAGGCAUGUUUAUAUUGUUAGCGAGAAAAAAAAUCCAAUGUUAUCAAAACACCACUAAUGCCUUAAAUAGGUUGAUGUUAAGCAUAAAAGAUGGUUACACUAAAAAACAAAACAAAAUGAACAUUGAACUAUGUACCAUGAUUUAUUACGAUAUUACGACAUUACUUCAUUAUUUAGUUUAAAGGAAAUAUAAUCUCCAAUAUUAUUAAA